AAAAACUUUAAACUGUAUGGCAUUAUUUCCUCAAUUUGUAGAAAACUUUUUAAAAGCAAAACUUCGCAUCGAACCAGCGAAAAGAUAUUCUUGAUUUUAUGCUGAUUGUAAGUCAAGUUACAGAUAUUGCUGAUUUACCAUUAAAAAAGUAAUAAGUAUAUAAUAUUUCAUGAAAGUAAAGUCAAUUGCUUACUUUAUUAAGUGGUAUGGCAGAUAUAAAGGAUCUUAGCAUAAAACAAACUUCAUUUAACUUGCAGAAUGGUUUGCCAACCGUUGUUGAAAGAGUUGGUUCUGUUUCAAGAUACUCUGGAAAUAUCCUCUUUCGAAGCCAGUAUUAUGGAUCAAUGGAAGCGGUUAGUCCUGAUGAAUCAUCCAAUUCACAGUUAAGAAAAGCAAGUCGUUUUCGUGUAGAGCCUUGUGAAGAUACCAAGGGAACACAAUUAACAAUUGCUUGUUCGCCAUGCUUAGCACAAUUAGAAAAUCCUGAGUUCCAAACGAGAUGGUAUUUCAAGUACUUUCUUGGACAAGUUCAUUGCAACUACGUAUUUACAGAUUCAUGUAAUAAUGCGUAUGCCUUAUCAAUAUGUUUGACUGACAUAGAGAAUCAAGGUAUACCACAAUAUAGAGCUAUAUUAUGGCGUAAGUGGGGUUGCAGAAGAAUUACAUUUCCUUAUGACCCUCAGAAAAAGUACACAGUAAAAGAUGUGCUUAGGUUUUUUAUGAAAGAUAAACUGGAAAAAAAUCCAAGAGAAAUUAUAUCAGCAGAAGUUCAAAAAGAACUUUUAAUACUUGAAGAACAGGAGGGCUCUGUGAAUUUUAAAUUUGGUGUAAUAUAUGCAAAACAAGGUCAAGCUACAGAUGAUGAAAUGUUUGGAAAUGAGUGUGGAAGUGAGGAAUUUAGUAACUUUCUUCAUGUACUUGGUGAUGUUAUAACUUUACAAGGUUGGAAUAGAUUCAGAGGUGGCUUAGAUGUUAAAGAUAAUAUGACUGGCACUCACUCACUGUAUACUAUGUUUGAAGGUCAUGAAGUUAUGUUUCAUGUUUCUGUAAUGCUUCCUUUUUCUAAAGACUCUCAGCAGGUUGAAAGAAAACGUCAUAUUGGUAAUGACAUUGCUGUAAUUGUGUUUAUUGAUGGAGAACCAUCUGAAGAUGUGUGUUUCAAGCCAUCUUCUAUAAGAACAAAGUUCACUCAUGUAUUUGCUUUAGUAAGAUACUCAGCCCAAACAAAAUCUUAUUGGAUAUCAGUGCUAUCUGAAGAGAAUGUUCCUGUGUUUGGUCCACCUCUCCCCGUUCCCCCAUAUUUUGAUAAUCCUCAAGAAUUUCGAUCUUUUCUUCUCACAAAGUUGAUGAAUGGGGAGAAAGCUGCAUACUCAAGUCCAGUUUUUAGUAAUAAAAGACAAAGAACUUUAGAAAGUUUAAUUAACAGUUUGCAAAAUGACAAAUUAGCAAAGCCUGAGAAGUUUAUGAAGUUUUCUGACGAUACAAUUAAUUGCAAUGAAAUUCGAAACAAUCCUGAAAAAAGAAAAGUGUUUCUUGAGUUUGGCCAGGCACUGAAAGUAAACAAGAUUCUUCAAGGUGUUGCUCCAACAAGUGUUGCCAAUGUGGGAGGCUUGCGUGCUUUAAAAAAUACACCAUGGACUCCUCAUGCAGUUCUUUCAAGUUUUUCAUACAGAAUACAUUGUGGAGAUUCAUUGGACAACUCGCUACUUGUUUCAACUGAUUUAGGAAUUUUUUUAAUAGAUGAUCAUGGUGUACGACAAGUAUUUGAUUCAAGCAUGACUGCUUCUCAAAUAAAUGUAAUAGAAUCUUAUAAUGUUUGUAUUAUUAGAGUCAAAAAAAAUGGUCGUAUUUAUGUCAUACCUUUAUCUGAAUUGCAUGUGGAAAAGUAUUUUAUUUUAUGCAGAAGGCAUUGUUUAAAAUAUUAUAUUAAACGAUCAAAAGGGUCACAUGUGUAUACAUUAUCUUCUCAAGUAUCACCUAAAAUAUGUUUGGCAUUUGCUGUUGGAAGGCGUAUCUCACUUCUUCAAUGGAAUGAAUCUACGGUUUGGUAUGCUUCACAAAUUAAUCGAAGUGGUUCUCAACCACCUGCUGGGUUUGAAGUCGAGAGGAAUUUAAUUGUGAGUGAACCUCCAAGAACUAUUACAAUAACUACAGAUAUAAACAAAGAUCUCAUUCUUUGUUUGGGUCUUCGUUUUCGUUUCGAUGUUAUAAAUGUAAAAACAGAGAAAGUUUCAGUUAUAAAGAAUAUUAUUAUGUACAGGAAACCUAAGAUCGUAUCAGCAUUAGAUGUGUUUGAUGAAGAUAACCCAGAGUUACUUCUCACGUACAGUCACUCAUCAGUUUUUGUUCGAGUUUAUGAUAUACUCCCAGAGAUAACAAGUUUUUAUUGGAAUAAUGCACCCAAAAAUAUAGUCUGCGCUUUCCCAUUUUUGUUGGGAUUCUCAGAUAACUCAAUUGAAAUUCGUUUAAUGGUGAAUGGAAGUUUAGUGCAUACACUUUGUGUACCGGAUCUCAUGCUUAUUACAGCCAAGAACGAUAUUUAUUUUACUUCUUCGACAAUAAAUACAACUCUUCCUAAAAAGAAAACAGUUUCCACUGUAACGCAGACUUUCAUGAAAAUCAAUUUAUCCGAUUUAGCUGGAUUGAGUUUUAAGAAAGAACUUAUUGCAGCUUCAAAUGAGGACAACUUGUUUCAAAGAAAUGUUGGUGUUUAUUCAAGUUUUUCUUCUGGUAAUGUUGGGAGACGAGUACCGUCGUCUGAUUCGACAAGAACAUUUUCUUUUUCACCGGUUAUCAAUACAAAACAGUCGGUAGAUAAAGAGUCUGUAAGUUUGCGUUCUUCAAAGUCAAUUGACAAUCUUUACGCUUAUGUUGAACCCAAAAGUUUUUCUAUGGAAGAAAAAAGUUCUAUGAAAGACUUUUUAAAUACAUCAAUGAGUUUGUUAAGAAAUGCAACAAAAACUAAAGGAGAGGGAAUAAACGUUUUUUAUUCUCCUUUGAAAACCUCGCAUUCAGAUGAUAUGAAAAGAAAUGAAAUUGUUAAAGAAAAUAUAUAUACUCCAACUCACAGAAGGUCUCUACCUGAAAAGUUGUGGAUAAAGUAGAGAACGUAUAAUGUUUUAGGAAAUAGUUUUAUUCUGCUUUU